AUGGCUGCGGAAAGCAAAGUACGCAAGCGGCAAACAGGCAAGAACGAGGAGCCCGCUGAGCCGGCGCCCGGCAAUGUUUGGCAGAUCGGCCGCUUCCGCGUGAACUUGGGUCGGAUCCCAGAGCUGAUGAUGCUGUUCCUGCUGGCCUUUGUGGUCGCCUGCGUGGGGAUGGCGAGCUUUGAGAUGUCAGGGCAGAUGGCGACCAUGGCGGGACUUUUCAUUGCAGUGCAGGUGCAGCGGGCGGGAAACUGGCUCCGCGAUUGGGUGGCCUACAAGACCUAG